AGGAUAUCGGAGCCCCUAUCGCCGUACACGUGCUACGCCUCGAGAAAUUAUCGCAUUUUUUUCGCGCGUAUACGCCCUCUUGCGCUCUCUCUAGUCUCUAGACUCCGAUUAAGAAAAGAAAAAAGAGUAAUAAUAAUCGAUAUCAGAAUCACAAAAAAAAAAAACGCAAACUAAUUCCAGACACGUCGAGUUUCUCUCUGAGCUCUUGGAAAAGUAAUCGAUAUCGACUCCAAAUAAGAUCGAAGGAAUAAUCGAAGAACAGCUUUUUUUGUUCUCGAGGAAGCAGAGAUUUCAGAGAGGAACUCGGAUUUUAAAGAGAGGAGCAAAAAUGAAGGCUAUGGAGACGAUUCAGGAUCUGAUCGAGGAGGCUAAGGUUCGGCUGGUUUGGUGGGGGCUCUGUAUCUUUGCCGUCACUUACUUCUUAUCUCUUUUCUAGCUGCUAAUAAAUUGGAAAAAGCUGCGGAAUUUCAAGUUCUUUAAGAUACAAGUUCUUCAAUGUGGAUAAAUCUACCUAUAUCAAUUCUUUUGGUUUCUGCAUUCCGCAUUUUGUCAAAUGAAGUGGAGUUCAGCUGGAAAUCUUGUCGGUUGACCCGUCCACAAUCUUAUUUGUCUCAUUUGGAGAAGAAACAACUUUCUGUUAAUGAUUCACGACUUUCUUCUGCACCUCUCCCUCAACGGUGGAAAAGAAAAAUUGAUUCUCCAGUUGUGGAGGCUGCAAUCAACGAUCUCAUUGAUAAAAUUUUGAAGGAUUUUGUAAUAGAUUUGUGGUAUUCAGAAAUUACGCCAGACAAGGAGGCACCUGAGUUAAUGCGUGCUGUGAUCAUGGAUGCUAUUGGUGAAAUAUCAGGAAGGGUUAAGGAAAUAAACCUUGUUGACCUGCUAACAAGGGAUAUAAUUGAUUUAAUAGGGGAUCACUUGGAUCUUUUUAGACGAAAUCAAGCUGCAAUAGGUGCUGAUGUAAUGGGAACACUUUCUACUGAUGAGAGAGAUGAAAGGUUGAAGCACCAUCUAUUGGCUUCUAAGGAGCUUCAUCCUGCACUAAUAUCUCCUGAGAAUGAGUUCAAGGUUCUGCAGCGCCUAACUGGUGGACUUUUAGCUGUAGUGCUGAGACCUCGAGAGUCUCAAUGCCCCCUGGUUCGGACUAUUGCUCGAGAGCUUGUGACGUGCUUGAUAUUGCAGCCUGUUAUGGGUCUUGCAAGCCCUUUGUAUAUCAAUGAGAUCAUUGAAUAUGUUUUGCUUGCCACUAAAGAUGGUAACCUAAUGGAGGUAAGCAGUAAUCCAUAUGCCGGAUCCGUACAUAAUGGUGGUUCUUCCUCUGGAAAAUAUUCAUCCUUAAAUAGUGAAAAAACUAACAUUGUUGAUACUGAAAAGAAGUUUCAAGGGACUGACAUGAAUUUGGUUAAAAUCAAUGAUUGUAAAGAAACACUGUUGGAUUGCCACUCAAAUCAGCAAGAGCUUUUGCAGCCACGUCAUGCAGGGUGGGCACGUGUACUAGAGGCUGCAACCCAGAGAAGAACUGAAGUGCUUACGCCUGAAAAUCUUGAAAACAUGUGGUCAAAAGGACGGAAUUAUAAAAAGAAAGAGACCAAAAACCUUCAAUCAGGGGCAAAGGGUUCAGUGACAAAUAACAAAGAGCCUACCAGAAAUUCAGGGAAGGAAAUUUUAACAAAUAGCAUUGCGAUUUCUGCUGGAUCAAAGGAAAAAGCUAUAGUGUGGCAAACACCUCAAUUAAGUCAUGAUGCUUUAUCAAGAGUUGUGAAUAAAGAUGUGAAACAGUUCACUCAGGAUCACAAUGUGGAGUCUUCUAUAGAGAGAGGACAUGCCAGUGAUGAAUCGGAUAGCAAUAGUAAUCCCUCUGUGAAUGAAAAUAAAAGUAGGCAUAAAAGAUCCUAUAGCACUUCUGCUCUGAAAUCCCAGCCUGUUGAAGAAAAGCCAUUUACAGGAGAUGUUAGAGUGUCUGCUAUUUCAGAGUUCAGUAGCGCAGAUUAUGGUAGGCCUAGUGAAAAUCUGGCUGUUAAGAAGGUCUCAGAUGUAGCAAUUAGCAGUGCUGGACCCCGUAUUCCUAAUCCUAAGUUGAAGUGCCGGGUUAUGGGAGCAUAUUUUGAGAAACUCGGGUCCAAAUCUUUUGCAGUUUAUUCGAUUGCAGUGACAGAUGCUGAAAAGAGAACUUGGUUUGUGAAACGAAGCAGAUACAGGAAUUUUGAGAGAUUGCAUCGGCAUCUUAAGGACAUUCCUAAUUACACAUUACAUUUGCCUCCCAAAAGGAUAUUCUCAUCAAGCACAGAGGAUGCCUUUGUUCAUCAACGUUGCAUACAGCUUGAUAAAUAUUUGCAAAACCUUUUAUCUAUAGCUAAUGUUGCCGAACAGCAUGAAGUGUGGGAUUUCCUAAGUGUUUCCUCCAAGAAUUACUCCUUUGGGAAAUCUUCAUCAGUUAUGAGAACUCUGGCAGUCAAUGUGGAUGAUGCUGUGGAUGAUAUUUUGCGCCAAUUUAAAGGGGCUUCAGAUGGCUUAAUGCGCAAAGUUGUUGGUUUGCCUCCCCUCCCUGAUGAAACUGAUUCUUCAAUCUACAGCAGGAAUCUGUCAUGGCAUGCAGGUGAGAUUAAUAAUCCUGUUGCAAGGCAGGACACAUCAGAAACUGUGAACAGCUUUUCUGAUAGUGAAGAGAGUUUCUAUCAAGGAAGUCAGGAAGCAUCCGUUGAGCAAGCUAAUGGUUGGCAUUCAGAUAAUGAAUUAAAUUCCAAGGGCUCUCCACCUCAAGUAAUAAAACAUGAUAAGGAUUCUUUCAGUGCACAGAUGAAACACAGUCCAGAGUCAAAAUCUGAGUGGGUUAAUCAGGGUGGGCUUCAUGCAGUGAAUUCUGCAGCAGCAACUUCCAAUCAUAUGGAGGAUCCUGUUGGAAUGCCACCUGAGUGGACUCCACCAAAUGUAAGUGUACCUCUUCUAAAUCUAGUUGAUAAGGUAUUCCAGCUCAAUAGAAGAGGCUGGCUAAGAAGACAAGUCUUUUGGAUGUCAAAGCAAAUACUACAGUUGAUAAUGGAAGAUGCUAUUGAUGAUUGGCUCUUGAGGCAGAUUCAUUGGCUUCGUAGAGAGGACAUCGUUGCUCAAGGGAUUCGUUGGGUGCAAGAUGUUCUCUGGCCGGAUGGGACAUUCUUUACAAGAAUCGGGGUUAUGCAAGGCGCUAUUCAUGAUGCACAAUUCAAUAUGGUUCCUUUCGAGGUUAGCCAGGUGGGUGGAAGCAAGGCCUCUAAACAAAGUUCUUUUGAAGAGCAGCUUGAGGCUUCUCGUAGAGCAAGUGAUAUAAAAAAGAUACUCUUUGAUGGAGCUCCGGCAGCCUUGGUUAGCUUGAUUGGGAACAAGCAGUACAAACGGUGUGCAAGAGAUAUUUUCUAUUUCACACAGUCUACUAUAUGUGUGAAGCAACUUGCGUAUUCAAUACUUGAACUAUUACUCAUAUCAGUUUUCCCUGAGCUUCGAGAUCUUGUGCUGGAUGUUCAUGGGAAGAUGCAUGUUACGCUUGCUUAGCAAGUACAUGGUGUCGUGAAGCUCAAGUUGUCACAACAGUUCCAAGAAUGGCCAGACGCAUGAAUGGUUUCCAUGGUUUUGCCACCAAAUGGAUUUUCAUUUAUUACCGAAAAAAAUGCUGAUAUGCGGCACAUGUGGCGAUUUUUCACAGCCAGAUUUAGCAGCCCAGCUCAUUUAUUUUAGCUGUACAAAGCUUGGGAUUUAGAGUCUGUACAGUAAUGUAUCUUUCGUGCAUAGCAUGCUUCUUUCUCAACAAUUGCCCCUUGGAAUGGGGAUUUUGUUUAGCAAAAAAGAAAAUGGGGAUUUUGUAAUGGGGUAGGCUGAGAGAUACGAUACAGUGGUUAGUGGUACAACAUUUUUUCAUUCGUUAUCAGGUUGUUUGCAAUUGGAGCUCAAGUUCAUUAAUUUCUUGUGUGUUUCUGAA